AUGGCAAACGUUGAGCUGCCCGGCUGGGACCUAUGGAUGACUUUCAUCAGAAACGUGCAUGUCCUUCCCGCAACGCUAGAUGUUCAACGGUUUCGCGAAUCGUUGCGGGUCGCGCUGCAGUGGUACCCGCAUGCAGCGGGCCGCCUGAAAAGCGGCGGUGCUCGCUGGUCUAUACUUCUGACGCAGUCUACCGUCCCCAUCGAGGUUACGGUCCUAGAGUCAGUCAACGUGGGGAUCCAGGACGACCACGUUGUACAAGGCGACCUGAAGCGGUACUUGCAUUCGGAACAGGGCGCGGCGGACCCCGCCAACAACGACCAGCCAUUGCUCUGGUUCAAAAUGACAAUGGCCAAGGAACAGGCGGCAAUAGGCGUUUCCUGGAACCACAUACUCGGAGACGCGACGACUUUCCUGCGGUUCAUGCGAACUCUGUCUCACGCAUAUCAAGGUAUCCCGUUGCCUGACCCAGCACCGACGUUCGCGAAACAUACAUUCCCGAUACCUCCGCAAGAGACAAUCGAGCAGCACGAGCCUCUAAUGCCGCAUCUCGCCCACACAUACCACCGAUCUGAGCUCGCAGCCCAGUACGCGGGUAUGAACCGGGACGUCGUGCGCGUCGACGUUCGAGUUUCGGGAGCGGCGCUCGGACGUCUCGUAGACGUGGUCCGUGCACGCACUAGGGAACGCGCAGUCUCGAGGCAAGACUGCCUGACUGCGUACGUCGUGACGGUCUUGAACCGGUGUGGCGCGGGGUCCAUCGAUGUCGUGGCGAACGCAGCGAGCUAUCGAAACAUUGCCGCACCGUGGAUCGAUGCUGCGGUCGCAGGCAACCCGAUCUAUAUCGUCCGUACAGAUCUCGGAAGAGGCGCUCAGAGGCUCAGCGACAUCGCCCUGACCAUCCGCCGGUCGAUCGAGAAGUGGAGGGAACCCGCGUUCAUCGGCGCACAUAUGUCCGUCGCGAGCCAGCUCAUGCUCGGCGCGGCCAACGCCAGGCGCUCGAUGUUCUUCGCCGCAGAGCUUGGCGUACUGUCUGUGAACUCCAACUUGUCCUUGGACUGGCAAUCCGCGGAUUUCGGGUAUCCCAGCAGGGCGAGGUUUCAUACGUCCGGAAUAAAUGAGAGGUACCUCCGCACGUUCCACGUUAACCCAGACCCCAAGGAUCAUGGGCAGGGAGAGAAUAUCGAGAUGUCCUUCGGAGUAUCGACUUCGCUUCGAGACAAAGUCGUGGACAUGCUGGCAACCGAGCUAGAUAGCACGGCGUUUCCUGUGAACCUAGACGUGUUAUGA